AUGGACUUUCAGUCAGCGUCAAUCUUGGAUAUAGAGAAGGAAUUUACGAUCGGCUUUGCGAUCGCGGUCUUUAAGGAUAUAAACCAGGUCGCCCGACUCCUGAGAAUAAUUUAUCGACCACAAAAUUUCUACGUCUUCCAUGUGGACCGUAAAUCCAGCGACGAGUUCUAUCAGGCCGUCGUGGAGGUGCAAAAGUGUUUUGGUGAAAAUGUUCACGUCGUGCCACGAGAAGAGAGUGUGAACGUGCUUUGGUUCACCUUUACCGUCCUUGAGCUGGAAUUAAUUUCAGCGAGAAAACUGCUGCAAAUGGGACGAUGGAAGUAUUUCAUCAACCUGACGGGUCAAGAAUUGCCGCUGAGAACUAAUUUGGAGCUGGUAUUGGCUCUGAGGGCCCUAAAUGGUUCGAAUUUGGUCGAGGGAACUAUCAGGCAUCGCAAUCAAAGGCGAGUACCAAAGGUCGAAUUGUCUUUUCCGGUAGGUCAAGGGCACUUUUAUGAUUCCGCCUGUGUAACGUCUUUUACAGUUCACGCGCUGUGUUUUGGCGUCUUUAAAUAGUUACAUGUCUAAUUCUUCCUCUACAAAAUGUGAACAACCAUACAGCCCUUAGAGUAAUAUAUCUGCAUGGUGCACCUUUCAGAUAAGUAUAUUCUCUUCAAUAACUAAACUUGAAGAAAAGUUAAUUGCCUGCCUGAAUGUGUCUGGAGAUGCCUGUUAAGGUAAUAGGGCCCAAAAUCGUCCUUUCUGGGCUGCAUAUCUGCCACUGGUCCUCAACUUGCACAUACUUUGCACAGUAGAUGCUAACACACAUUUCAAUACACCUUCCCGAGAGACAUUUCUCACGCGAGCCCGUGGCUCUACAAAGGUGACGCCUACCGUAAAUGAAGAAUUCCAACUGACCGGUACAAUACGAUCGAUAGCGAGGUUCAGUGGUCUGGCAGCGAGUUCUGCAACUAGAUUUGAAUUCCGAACGACACAACCAAGCCCCGGAUUCGUAGUGCGACCGCGAAAGCCUAUAACGGACCCUGCUACUGGAUGCAACCCUUUACAGACGAGGGACUAGAAAUGUCUUAGGAACGAGGCUUGCAUACUCCAAAAUUUCGCUCUCGCGAGUUUUAUGAUCGUAGCUUAUAUCCUACACCAAUGGGCACAUAAAGGCCAGUUAAACGUAGUCAGCAGCUAUUUCAAGAUAAUGUCCAUUUCUAAACCGUUGAAAAAUAGAAAAAGGAAAGCAAGAUUUCGGCAUUUCUCCUGGUAUUAGGACAGCCUUUUUCAGAACCAAUGUCUAAAUUGCUCCCACAAAACAGUAUUCUCACAAGUCUGACAGCGCUCCAGAUCAUAGCUGACGAACUAAAAACGCCUGAACGAAAUGGCAGAACAUUUAGCUUAUAGGCUAGCUGAACCGGACUUAACAUCUGGGCUUUUUGGCUUGGGUUUAAGGAAUUCAUGGCUAAAACUAUGCCGCCGUGCAUGACGUUGGAAUCUUUGAAGAUGGGAGGGCGAAAUAACAACUCGAAACGUCAGACCUCCCAUAAAAGUGUUCCGAUGAACGCCAUUUCUCCGUCUUACUACGGCGAAAUUAGAAGCGGGGAUACUUGUUUCGUCACCUCUGUCAGUAUAACAUGUCGAAAAUGUUCUCGUCCAUAAAGAAAACUAUUUGGAGGACAAAAGUAUUUAAAUUCAAUUCACUAAAUUAUUUUGGACGUCUUAUCAGAUCAAGCCCACGUAGCUUACCCUGUUAUACAUUAAAACAACAUUUCACAUGAUUCAUAUUCAAAAACCUUGCUUUCAUAACCAUAAGUACAUUAUAUGCCAUUACUUUACGCACAGUUGGUACACAAACAAGCCAUUGACUACUCUCCAUGACCCUGAAUGAACUCAAAUUUACUUUCCAAGACGAAUGUACAAUCGGUCGUCAGCGUGUUCGGUAAGGCCUAGCAAUUUAAUCAGUCCAUCAACUUCAUUAUGAAACAAUAAAUAAAUAUACUGAGAAACUUUUGGCCCUCAGAGAUAACAUGAAUCAUUGGGGUGGUCGCUCUGUUUUUUUCAUGCUAGUUUAUAAUUUAAGGAGCAAAAGACAGUGCGCCACUUGGCUGAUACUGUCGCCGUUUAGAAAACGGGCCAACUUCAUGAGCAUCAAGGUCAUAUUACCUCGUUUCUUUGUAUAUUUCGUGUUAACUACUGACCCGAUACUGACGCAUGCCGAGGCAGAGAGAUCCAGAUCUUGCCGCAACUCGUUUUCGGUUCUAGAAUCUCAAAAUGAAGAAGUAAAAUAUUUAGAAAUGGCGUUUAAUGACAGAACCCGAUUUUGCAGUGGAAUGCAGGAUUUUCGCUUGGAGUUUGGGACUCCGACCUUGAACCCUGGCAGACGGUCGCGGCGGGACAUGCGAAUAGCAAGCCACCGUAGCGCAUUUGACCUUGGGUUAAUUUUGAGGAGAUUAAUGUUGAGAUUAAGAUGAAGGUUGAGUUUAAGUUCGGGGGUGCGAUUAGAGUUGACGUUUAGGCUGCGGUUAGUAGUAGGGUUAAGAUACGUGUAUAGGUAUCCUUUCUGAAAAUUGGCGCAAGGACACCUACAUUACCGAGAGGAGUUCCUAAUCCCAUGUCACAAUGACAGCCGUGUAGCAUCAGAUGAUCAGUAAUGCAAAAGUAUCGCCAAUGAUGUAAGCAAAGACUAAUAUAUUGACCCAUGUUUUUUGCCUAAAGCUAACUAUGCCUCCAUGCCAGCUUCGCAAGUGCUUGGGGGUGGAUCUGGAUUCAGGCUCGACGUUUAGUAAGGUACGAUCUAAAAUAUUGAACAGCCCACUAGAAUGGCUCUCGCUGGGUUGUUUCGAUAGAGGCCGGCGCACAGAAGUUGCCUGCAGUCAUAUCGUCACACACAACACACAGGACAAAAUACACAACGGUGAGAAUGGCAGUCACUGGUAGUCAAUUUCUGGACUUUCCAUCGUUAAUGAGUCUUGGAUGCCCCGAAAGGUAGCUUCUGCUGACACUGACAUCCACGGGAAAUUGUAUGUUUUAUCAUUACUUCACAGGUACUUUCAAAUGACUGUCUGAACUGAGGGGAAGUGGAUGAACUUGCCAAAGACUGACGGUCUGUCUUCACAUCAAGAAAGAGAAUACUUCUGGCAGCUAUUGAACGCUUUGCGAUGCGCCGAAUCAGAGAGGAAUUUUUGAUGCCGGGAAAAAAUAUGGCCAAGAGGGCAUAAAUUAUUCGUGGCCGAAAUGUUUAUGAUCAAAAAGGAGGCCUUACCACCUAAUUUGGCCAUAGUCAGAAUUUUGCAAGUUGCCGCUGGCGUUGUCUGUCAAGUUGAUUUGAAAUCUAAUGGAGCUCAUAAUCCAGUCAUGCGUUAGAUCUGUUAGCACAUGCAGUGUCUGUUGCCAGAGGCAGGGGUAAGCUCUUAAGAGAGUUUGAAGAUGUCAUAAAUCCCAAAAUGGAGAUGUUUCGAGGUCUCUUUUUAGUCCAUUCCCGCAAGAAAAACCACGAUAGGUGACGUAUUGCAUGAAUCGUUAAGACAAAUACUGAGAUGCGUAUUUGAUUAAAAAGUGGGUUUGCGGCAUGAACCAUCAUUCAGCUAAUUCGCAAGAAAUUUCAACCAUUCUAGAAUGCUGGCCUUGAAAGCGCUGCCUUUAGAUCGCUUGGAAAAAUAAAAACUCAGUAAAAAGACCUAGUAAAAGGAUGUGAUUUUUUCCUCAUAAAUUCAAGUGUAUGAUUUAGAAAGCAUGAGCAGACGUUAUACUCAAGGACAGGUUACCGUUUAUUUAUAAAAUUUCUGUUUUAAAUUCCGGAAUAGAUUUGAAGUUAAUCUGCGGUUGCAGUUUUGUUUUGCGUCUAUAGUACACGUUCAAAUAAAACCAUAUAUCCAUCUUUCACGGUUAGAAAACCUUUUAAAACAAAGAAGCAUAUUCUUCUGUAGGGUCUCUAUAAACAUGUUACAAAAUGAGCGGAAAAUAAAGGCAGAAGUUCAUAUCACCUAAAUAGCCAUUACUAUCGAGUGCGCUUUGUACACGGUGAAAGGAGACGCGUCCAAAAGCCGGCAUUCUCCUGUGACUGAAGUAUCUUGGAGUUAUGCUGCAUGCUAGUAAAUAUCACAGUUUUCCUAGUUGAAAAAACAUUCCAGAACUUCGGUUGACUUUCCAUGCUCUAAGCCACUUACUACAGGUCUGCAUUACUUUUUACGUCUAGGGAACGGAAUGAUCGGCGAGUGGUCGUCGACCAAUCACUGCCGAGAGGGCAUCGAGCCUGUAGCUCACCGAUUAGAGCGCCGGCACUACUAACGUCUAAUAAGCAAAGAACACAGAUUUGAACUUCUGGUUUCCCAAGUCACACCUGACUGCCGACAGCCUCGCUUGUCUUUGUCGGUAGCCCAUCAUCUGCGUAAUGAGGGCAUCUUAAUCAUCCCAAAAUUAAGUCAAAUCGCAGUCUGAUGAAGAGGCCGAAAAACACCAAAAGAAGGGGUUUAUGCUCUUUUAGAGGUUCGCUGGCUUGCGGGCACGUUUCUCCACAAGCGUGAUGUCGACCUGAACAACUGUGCCAUCAUGACACCUGGUCAGCGGGAGCUUGAUAAUUUAAUGAGAUUACACCCAGAUAUUUGAACGCCACGGGAAGCACGUGAAUUGUACUGUGACUUGCCUGCCUGGGAGGGGCAGAUGACGUAUGUGCACACUAGAUAUCCAAGGUUGUUAAUUUCGACUAAUGCGCCGAGUGGAGACUUCACAGCAGCAGCAGACUCUGUUUUCAGCAGUGGUUGAUGCGCCACGAAAACGCUGAUUUAUUGCCUGAACUGCGGAGGCAGUUUUUGGCGCGCGAUUAGAAUCAUUAGGUGGUACUGUGAAACAUGCUGAAAGCCUCUCUGACAGUUAACUGAUUUACUUCAAUAUUCUUACAGUUCCUGCUAGUAAGAAGAGAAAAAAAUGGUUGAUACGCGCCUUUCUUUUGAGCGUCUAUGAGGCCAAUGAAAGGCUUCGGAACAAAGGGCAAAAAGCUAAGUCAGGUAUGAGCCCUGAAUGACUUUCAUUUCGGCCGACCCUCGUUGAACACACUAUCCACAGCGGUCGUGUUUUUGAACGUAUUAACCUGCGUCACCAACAGAAACCCUUGUUUCUUCACCGUGACUAAAUCAUUGGUAGUUGCCAGCUAGUAAUGCAAAGCUGUUGAUGAUAUUUCGGGGUAUUGGUGGUCCAUAAAGUGCGUGCUGUCCACUUUUCUGAUAGCCUAUUUGCUUGAUUGUGGUGACUAAGACUCAUCGGUCGGAUCUCAUUUUGUAGCCGAACCUGCUGUACACAAGCCCCAGCUUGACCCUUAACCCUAGAUCCUAACUCCUAGCCCCUAGCCCCUAACCCCAACCCCUAACCCCAUCCCCUAACCCCAUCCCCUAACCCCAUCCCCCAUCCCCUAACCCCAACUCCUAACCCUAACCCCUAACAGGCACGACUACGAAAUGAGAUCUUGCCGAGUCAUUACGUCUGCCCUAGCCAGAGUGCCGCUUUGCUUUCUUCUAGACUGGGGUUUAUGCUGUGACUGUUCACUCUUAAUUCGGUCGUCUUGCCAAACUCCACUGUCGGGGGCUCAUUGAAGUUAAAGUCUGUUUCGUGCUUGCCCAGUGGCCAACAAGUGUCGCUCAAGUCUCCUUCAAUAUAAGUGGAUACAUGUACAAGUCAAAACUGCCUCUAUAGACAGCUAAGGUCCUGGUCGAUUACCGUGGAACAACAGCUACGAAUAAAAAUCAAAAAUUGAUAAAGCAUAGUUUACUUGACACCCAGGAUUCUAAUGCAGGCCAUAAUCUCUGAAAGGUUGAAAGUUAUACAACGUCGACUCGUUAUAUUCACAAAUGUCCUGACACAGUCGCGGGGCUGGAAAUACUGAGGGGGCUUAAACUCAGUAGUAAACGGAUCUUUUACUUUAUAAACGUAAUUUUCUUACACUCCUCUUCCCUGAUUCGACUUUAGAACUUAGGAAUCAAUGGCCAGUGACAGACAGCAGAGCACUCCAUAAACUCAUUUUGAUUUUCCGCAUUGAGAGAUCGUCGUCGUUACAUCACUGGUAGUUUUUGUACUACACAGUGCGUAAGUAAUUUUUAUCGGUGCGUGCCGCUUAAGCAAGUAGACGGAACUCUACUUUCUUAUUACCCAUGGAAUGGCUAAAGGGACAUCAAAUAACCUCUUUGACACGUUCAUCUGGGAAUCGUUGUGUCAGAAAAUAAAAGUUUCAAUUGACAGAAGCUGAUAAUCAUAUUUUCCUCCGCUAUAUUCGGCUAUAUCUGCCUAUGACAGUUACACCAUAUAUGUUUGAUCCCUAUUUUCCAAUUAUUUUUCAUUAAAAUAAUUAUUACUUAUAAACCUGCAUUCUACUGUCGAUGCUCAGGACGGCAGGGACAUGACUCCAGCGUAACUUUCCCUUGAUUAUAAAUUCACUUGUGUUUAAUUGUCGACAGGUUACGUGGGUUAAAGGGGGAGUACAUGCAGCGCUGAAGAGGGAGUUUGUGGAAUUCAUGCUUUAUGAUUCGAAGGCCACUGAAAUUAGAAAAGCCCUCGAAACUCACGCCUACUACAAAUGUCCGGACGAGCAGUUCUUUGCUACGCUCGUCUACAAUCCCCAGCUCGGCGCGCCUGGAGCCUGCUUACGUGUUCAUGAGCCGGAUGACGAGGGCGUGGACGAAAGCCGCCUUCACCAUCUCAUCCGCUACAAGAAGUGGUUCGGUAAGAACUGUCCCACGAAAACUCGACGUGGGAUUUGUAUCCUCGGAUCCAUGAGCCUUUCAAGUUUGGAGACGGCGCAGGAGCUUGUUGCGAACAAAUUUCACGAGGACUAUUAUCCCGAGGCUUACGAUUGUCUAGAACUCCAUCUCUUGCAACGAACGUACAAUCCACAACCAUUCGAUACAACACCCUAUGCCCGACUGUACUGCUCGCAGGAGCACUUGUGA